GCGGAUGCGCACUGGUGUCACAACAUCAGAGCUCGCUGAGGACGCACCUCCAAGUCUGUGCGCGCACGCGUCUGUGCGUGUGUGUGUGGUGUGUGUGUGUGUGUGUGUGUGUGUGUGUGUGUGAACUCAAGCUCUGGUGUGUGCUCAGUCUGUCUGUCUAAUAGAGUGACCCCCCAGCACGCUGUUUAAAGGGAAGACAAGAGAGCUGAGUCAACGAAUCACAAGGAGAAGGAUGCAACAGUUGAUGUGCGCAAGUUGCACAGUUUUCUCGUAUUUGGAGACGGCCCGCACACACGGAGGAUGGUGGCUUUGAUAUGUGUGGAGGAAGGAUCGGAUGUUUUGUUGCUUUAAAAAUCUCAUCUGUCAGAUAAUAUUAAACAGAAAGGUCCGCGCGUCUGAAAAGCAAAGGGUGUUGUAGUUGUUGUUGGUUGUCCACUCGCGCGUCUUUUCUCACCAAAAUGGACAUUUGGACACAAAUGCAUUUGGAGGGACUUUAUGCUCUGCUGGAAUGGAGUUGAAGCGGGGGGUUUCGGAUGGUCUGUGGCGGUGAGUAGCAGUGCAGUCUGCACCAAUAUGCAUCGGAUUCUGCAGAGGAGGCGAGUGCGCAAGCUGCGGGUCUUCUGGGCUUCUCUGGCCCUGGUGGCUCUGUCUCUGGCCGCAUGCAGCGCGCUGUUCACGGCGUGGACUUGGCGUCAGACGCGGGACCUGUCUCAAUCCUUUAAGAUCCUGCAGGACCGACUGGAGCAGGUCAAUACACAGAGGAAGGCCAUUGUUCAGCUCAUUCUGGAGAAGAGAGAGCUGCUUGUGGGGCAGAGAGUGAAAAGAGACGGGGGGACGGUGCGAGGGAGGAAUGGAAAUGGAAAGAAAGCGGCGUCUCAUUUUGAGAUAACCAAAGUCUCCUCUCAGCAAGUGGGAGAGGGCGGAGUGAUAAAGGGUUGGGAGGAGAGGACGUUGAAUAUGAGUAAAGCAGUGAGGUACAACAAGGAACAAGGCACCUUCACUGUGGAGAAAGCAGGCGUCUACUUCCUGUUCUGCCAGGUUUUGUUCAAUGAGCAGCAGUCUCAGUAUGUGAAGCUGGAUGUGGUGACCAGCGGCCAGAGGCCUCAGAAGCUGCAGUGCAUGGAGGGUUACGGGACGACCCCCUCCGCCGGGCCGCACCCUUUCCACUUCCUGAAGCCCUGCCAGGUGUCCGGCCUCCUGCGAUUGGACAGAGGCACGGAGCUGCAGGCCAUCACAGGCCCAGCCUUCAGACUCCACACCGUGGGCAAUCCUUCAGCCUCGCCUCACAUCUUCAGCAUCUUUAAAGUCAACUGAAGCUUGGAAUCUUUUUCCACAAACUUGUCUGAGAACAACAAAAUAUCACUUGUUUUUCUAUGGAUGAGAUUUUUGUCUACACGGUAAAAGUCAUAAGCAGUCAUGGGUAUCACAUCGUGCACAGCCUCUUCCCAAAGACGUUAAUUUGAAAGACAAACCUGACAUUUGUGGAGGUUGUUGUGGAAUUUUUUCUCUGGACAGCGGUGCUGUUUUGGAACGCGAAACACAGACUUUUGGAUUAAAACCAAGACCCAAAGUGGCCGAAAUGCCUCGAGGAAUGUCUGCCGAGAGAACAGAUGUGAUGGAAGCUGUUCUGUAGAUAAAGGGCUUCAUAUAAAAAUAAAAAAAUACUUGGAUGUUCAUCUUAGCCUUUCGUAUCAUGUAAUAAAAUGUGCUUACACUCUCUUUAUGGGACUGACAGUAAAGCUGUGCAUGCACCUUCCACUUUUAUAUCACCGGUGCCUCAAGAAGCUGAGAGCACGUCUGCAAGCGUCAGUUCUCGACACUAUAAACGGCCUACAUGAGUUGUCAGUGAUAUUUUAUACAAUUCAGCGUCUGCGAGUGUUUGUGAAAUCUAAUGAAUCAAACUUUUUUGUUGUUGUUUAUACUGAUUUUAUGAUUACAAUGCAAUGAUGUCUGAGGGUGAAAUUACCUACAUUUCCUUUGAAUACUUUGUAUAUACUUUUAAACACAUGUGCCUUUCAAGUCAGGAGCUGGCAGAGAAAGGGGAACAUUUUAAAUAACAUGGAUGUGAAUCUUUUAAGGUCAAAUUUGAUUGUAUGGUAGUUUUAUGUAUAGUAUUGGCUUCAUUGUUUAAAUGCAGUUGCAAGUUGUGAGCUUUAAAUACAGCUUUGUCUCUCUUUUCUGCCUGUUAUCUGUUUGACGACACAAUAACUAUCACUUCCAAGCCAUCUGUAAAUCAUUAGAUAAUUGUAAAUUUGCCAUUGAGAGUCAGUUAUUAAAAGGUCCAGUGUGUAAAAUGUAGGAGGAUCUAUUGGCAGACAUGGAAUAUAAUAUUCAUAGAUGUGUUUUUAUUAGUGUAUAAUCACCUGAACUUAAAUAUUGUUGUGUUUUUUUUACCUUAGAAUGAGCUUUUUAUAUCUACAGAGAGCAGGUCCUUUUCCACCAAGGCCGCCAUGUUGAUCCGCCAUGUUGAUCCGCCAUGUUUUUACACUAUCCCAGAAUGGACAAACCAAACACUGGCUCUAGAUUGGGCUUUUUUCCCCACGUUUUUUGUGAGUUUUGCGGCCACAAUAUUUUCUCCUACAUGCUUGGAAUGGGAGGGUGAGGCGAGGGCGUUGAAAUCUGCAGCUACACUGCUAGAUGCCACAAAAUCUUACACACUGGUCCUUAUUAGUAUUGGAAAGGCCCUCAUAUGCCCACAGCUAUAGUGUAAAGUAAAACUUGAUUUUUAAUUGGAAAACAAAACAUUGUCUGGGACUUUCUGAUUCUGUGGCUAAUAGUUCAUCAUGAAAACUGUUUAUAGGCCUAUAAGUGCUAAUCCUAGUAUAAAAUUAAGAUUAGUAUCAUAUAGUCCUAAUAUAAGCCUAUAGCAAAUUAAGAAUUUACCCAAAUAAUUGACUCACCAGGGCAGUCUACAGUCAUGCUACCGUCUCUAUGAGGCUGUACUUAAGCACAGUGGUGCCUUGAGCUAAAAGGUAAUGUUAAUCCUCAUGCUAAAUUGCCAAUAAUGACAAUGUUAACAAUGUUUACCAUGUUCUUCAUCUUAAUGAAGUAGAGCUGAGGCUGAUUGGAACGUUACUGGUUUUUCCAGCAUUUGCUCAUAAACCAAAAUAUUGGAAAUUCAAACUCUUGAUGCUAAAUUAUGGCGUUAGAACAAAAUGAAGGCUAGCACCAAAGUCUGUAGGUCCAUCCUCUGAAGAACGAGAACGUCUGUACCAAAUUUCAUGUCAAACCGCUGCCAAAUAGCUGUCGAGUUAUUUCUGAAAAGUGGCGAAUUGACAGACAGGCAUUUUUGUCCACGGAGGCACAAUUAGCAUAGCUGAAAAUGUUGAAUAAUAGAAUAGAUUUGGUAUGUUUUUCGCCCUUCAGUGACUCAAAUUGAAUUAGUUUCACAAAAUCAGAAAUAGAAGAGUUUGUCCCAGCCAAAGCUGAGCUCUGAAAUAACGUGGAAAAGAUCCAACCAGCACCCCUGAGUCUCUGCUGUUUAUUGUCAGUGGAGCAGACAUGGGUUAUACACACACACACACACACACACACACACACAUCUUGAUAACCUCACAGACAAUAACCGAGAAGUUCUGGUUUGUGAUUUAGAAAGAUUUUCACGUUAAGCUCCUGAUUUUUGCUCAGAUAGGUCUCUCUGUCACGUUGUAAGACUGUCGCUUGUUUAUUUUUUAUCUCUUUUUUAGAAAUGAAACUCCUUCCAUUCUCUCAUAUGCUGCUCCUUUCUGUAAUAUUCCCUGCUACAAUACAAACAGUGUGUAUUUCUAGCAGUGGGUUCAGCACUCCCACUCUUGUUUAUAAGUAGUUUUUGUGGACGAACCGCAUUGGUUUCUCCUCAGCACUUUACUGCAGAGAACGUAGUGUUUUUAAUUGGAGCCAAACAUUCAUGUUUUCAAAUGGAAAAAAUUGUCAGAUUUUUUAAGUGUAGACUUUAUAUCCUGUUUGAUUUCCUCAUCGUUUUCCUCUUCCCUUUUGUGUCACUCACUCCCCCCCUCCUCCCCACCAACACCGCCACCCCCGUGCACCUCAUAUUUCCCCGUCAGCACCGAUCAGACCGCACACGCACACACUGAAUCCCCUGAGUGUCCUCUGCACGCACACGCACGCGCACACACACACACACACACACACACACACACACACACACACACACACACACACACACACACACACACACACACACACACACUAGCAGCCAUCUAAAUUUUCACUUCCUGAAUCUGAACCUGAACCACAUAGCUGAAGGUCUUUGAGGAAAAACAGCCUUGUCCUUCCACACACACACACACACACACAGUUUUACACACUUCCCUGCCCUAAUUCCUAUUUUUCUAAAUGUCAAAGUUUAUUACCAACCUCGAAAAAUUUUGUGAAGUCUUCUGAAGAAGUUCUCUGUAAAAUGAUGAUGUAUGCAAUGCAAUUUCUUCGGAACUCCCUCAUCAUAAAUGUUGAAUAAACUUUUUUUUGUGGUUUUUUGGCUACAAAAAAACAGCUGGCAUGUCUUCAAAAAUGAAGGUGGGCAGAAAAUGUAAAGUAGCAUGUUUUCUGAAAAAAUCUGGAAUAAACUGAGAGGGAUGAACAAUACA